CCCGAUCCUGAGCACCCCCGUCUUGAGAUCCGUUGGCCAAUACGCUGAAUCUGACACACCCCAGCCGCAUAGCACUGCAUUCUCAGACUUCCCGUCGGAGACCACUGCAGCCUCGAAACACCCCAUUUCCCCACGCCCUGGCACCCAUUGCCCAGUGCAACCGAAGCCCCCGCCCAUCGUGGACCGCGGCACCAUGCUUCCCACGCCGUACGUCCGAAAUCUCGACGAACGCGUCUACGACCCCGCGGAAGACUCCUUCCUUCUCCUCGACGCCUUGGAAGAAUGCUUGCCGCAGCUCCGGCUGCGCCAGUUCCCCGUGGUGUGCGAGAUCGGCGCGGGCUCAGGCAUCGUGUCGGCCUUCUUGAAAAUGCACGUGUUUCCGCACGGGCUUUUCUUUGCCACCGACGUGAACCCCGCCGCGUGCGACACGAUCGUGGCCACCGUCAGGGAGAACGACACCGCGUCGCGCUUCGCCACGCUCGACGUGUUCCAGAUGAGCCUAGCGCUGGCACUCCGCAGCAACCACAUCGACGUGCUCGUGUUCAACCCGCCGUACGUGCCGGCGGAGGCGGUGCCGGAAAGGCCGGCGGCAGCCGCGGACCCCGCGUGGCUCGACUUGGCGCUUCUUGGCGGGUCGGACGGCAUGGUGGUCACGUGGCAGGUGCUAGAUGGGUUGCACCGGCUCCUUGCCGCGGACGGCGUGGCGUACAUCUUGUUCUGCGCACGGAACAAGCCCGACUCCGUGGCACGCGUCAUGGAGGAUAGGGGCUGGGCGGUGCGCACGGUGUUGCACCGGAAAGCCGGCUGGGAGGUGCUCAGCGUGUUGGAGUUUAGGAGAGCGUAGCUGGGAGGGGGAGGGACGUGGUGGUGGAGGGGCCUCGGCGAUCGGAGAAGGUGAUUGGGGGCCAGUCGAGAAUGGCACCUUUAGAUGGUGGAGGCGUGUGGCUGGACGGCUAGCCGUCCUCCAGCCCAGCUGGCCACGAGACCAGCGGAGCCUCAGCCCACGUGGGUGGGAUCAGGCUGGUACGACCUGUUUGGGCACGCGGCCUGCCGGUUUGGGUGAACACUAC